GACAACAAACAAAAGAUCGAGGCUAGCCGAGCUCAUCAUACUUUGUCGAUCCGUCUAGGCUAACGUUAGUAGUUACUUUGCCCCCAGCACCGACUAGCUCCCUGUUUUUUUUACUUCUUUGCUCAGAUCCCGUGGGGCAGUCUCAUCCUCUUGUUUCUAUUUGUGUUUUAGUCAGACCUAAUGUCAACCUGAGUCAUUUUCAGCGAUCGCUUCGCCUUUGCUGGCCAAGCUAAACGCGUUAGCCAGGUUAGCUGCUCGGCUAACCAGCUCUGGCUGCCUCUGCAACAACCAGCGAAGCCAAUUAGCUUAGCCUCCUAGCUUGCUAGCUUUGCUAACUCCCCUUUAAAACUUGACACUGACGGACACAAGUGGUUCUGGCUUGUUGCUGACAAGCCAGUUUACUAAAACUCGUGUCGUAGCCAUGUCUGGACAGUCAUCCGGCGGUGGGUUUCUGAUGUCGGUAGUUGUCCACGGAGACUCGGCUCUGAACGAGCAGGAAAAGGAGCUCAAUCAACGGCUCCGACGGCUCUAUCCGGCCGUUAACGAAAACGAGACUCCACUUCCCCGAUCCUGGAGCCCGAAGGACAAGUUCAGCUACAUCGGACUGUCUCAGAACAACCUCCGUGUACACUAUAAAGGUCAUGGAAAAACACCCAAAGAUGCUGCAUCAGUGCGGGCCACCCACCCUAUCCCAGCUGCCUGCGGGGUCUACUACUUUGAGGUGAAGAUCAUCAGUAAAGGCAGAGAUGGGUACAUGGGUAUCGGCCUCUCAGCUCAGGGUGUAAACAUGAACAGACUCCCUGGUUGGGACAAGCACUCUUAUGGUUACCAUGGAGAUGACGGCCACUCCUUCUGCUCGUCUGGCACUGGGCAACCUUAUGGACCCACGUUUACAACAGGCGAUGUGAUUGGCUGCUGUGUUAACCUCAUCAACAACACCUGCUUCUACACAAAGAAUGGCCACAGCCUAGGUAUUGCCUUCACAGACCUACCACCUAACUUGUACCCGACCGUGGGCCUUCAGACUCCAGGGGAGGUGGUGGAUGCAAACUUCGGGCAGCACCCAUUCGUGUUUGACAUUGAAGACUACAUGAGAGAAUGGAGGACAAAAAUUCAGGCCCAGAUCGACCGCUUCCCCAUCGGAGAGCGCGAGGGCGAGUGGCAGUCCAUGAUCCAGAAGAUGGUGGCUUCUUACCUGGUGCACCACAGCUAUUGCGCCACAGCUGAAGCCUUCGCCAAAUCCACCGAUCAGGCCGUGCAUGAGGAGCUGGCCUCCAUCAAAAACCGGCAGAAGAUCCAGAAGCUGGUGUUGUCGGGUAGAAUGGGUGAAGCCAUUGAGACCACCCAGCAGCUGUACCCCAACCUCUUGGAGAGGAACCCAGACCUUCUCUUCAUGCUCAAGGUGAGACAGUUCAUAGAGAUGGUGAACGGGACAGACAGCGAGGUGAGAUGUCUGGGAGGUCGCAGCCCAAAGUCUCAGGACAGUUACCCCGGUUCACCCCGGCCCUUCAGCAGCCCCAGCCACAAAGCCAGCAGCUCCCAGCCCUACCUCACAGGGUUCGACAGCAACUGCUGUAAUGGUGUGACGUCUAAUAAGAGCCACAGCUCCUCCCCUCACAGUCAUAAGCCCUGCCCCCCGGGCUCUGGCUCCACCCUCCCAGCAUCCGACAUCAGCCUCAAUGGGAGUCGCAGCCAACAGCCGAUAACCAGUAAUGAUGUGGAUAUGGAGGUCGAUCACUUCACCAAUGGAGUGACAGAAUCGUCUUCCAAUGGUUUUCUCAACGGCACCUCCAAACACGCCACGGAGCCUGACGACUGUGACGCAGACAUGGAGGUGGAGUCGGCACAAUCUAAGAGGCAGCUGUGCGGCGGAAGCCAGGCGGCCAUCGAGAGAAUGAUCCAUUUUGGCAGGGAGCUCCAGAGUAUGAGUGAACACCUCCGCCGUGAGUGCGGCAAGAACUCUGCUAACAAAAAGAUGCUCAAGGACGCAUUCAGCCUGCUGGCCUACUCGGACCCGUGGAACAGCCCAGUCGGAUACCAGCUGGACGCCAUUCAGAGAGAGCCGGUCUGCUCCACUCUCAACAGUGCAAUAUUAGAGACUCACAACCUGCCCAAGCAGCCUCCCCUGGCCCAGGCCGUGGGUCAGGCCGCCCAAUGCCUCUCCAUGAUGGCACGAACUGGCAGCGGCUCCUGCGCCUUCGCCUCUGUGGACGAUUACCUACACUAGCCCCGUGCGCACGCAGACACACACACCACACACACACACACACACACUCUCCAAGGGCCUGUCCAGAAAUCCUUCUUUCCAACUCCUCAGUCAGUGUAGUCCUAUUAGCCGAGGAGGCAUUCCUCUGCACGCCGUCAUAGAACGUCAACCAUCUCACUCGCUUCUGGUUCUGCUUUUGCUGAACGCCGCUGAGGGUCAGAAGACAUUUCUGGGCAGAUCCUUAGAGUGACACCACCUCCUUUUCCAUCAUAAAUAUGAAAUUACACCUCCACCUUCGGUUGGCUCCCCAUGCGUCUGCCUCCAUCUAACUGACAGUAGCUGACUUUAAAAAAUAAUCGGGGGGGCUGAACUCGUGUGGAUGCGCCACAGUCCCCGCAUUCCUGGGGGAGGAAUCAAACCGGGGGUGGACAGACUGUUAAAAAAUAUUUCUGGUCAAACAUAAAUGGGGGGGGGGGAAACAGACGAGUGGCCGCCAUGGUUGACCCACCAUUAACGUGGUCCCUGUAAACCUGGGGCUUACCAGGCAAACACACACAGAAAACACACACACACAAAUAAACACGGAGGCAAGCUGAUGCUGAUGCUGGGAUUGAAAAGUCCACCUCACCAAGGCUUGCUCAAACUCCGGCCAAUGCGAACCUCCGUUAUGGCCUACCCCCCUCCUUAAAUCUUCACCCUCCCUGCACCGCCUCCCUCCUGCUACCUUCCACUGACUUCAGGACAUCGGCGGAGAUAUGUGUGACGUACGUGGACUCGGGACUUCAGAGAAGCCAGAGAGAAUCUACAGUCUCGACUCAGCGUUCCCUAUUUUUAAUCUUUUGUUUAGUUUUUGUUUUUCUUCGGCGAAGUGGGCAGACGUGGGGGGGGGGGG